CACUCUCAGGCCCCCGUCAUUCCCACCAUGGCGUCUUUCAGUAACCUCCCCGAUCAUACAUCCACCAAUCUCAUCAUCUGUCACCCCACCAGCGACGAGAAACUCCAUCAGUGGAAGCUCAAUAGCGCUGAAUGGCGAGGUGCUCUCCCUCACGAGGCGUACCUCCGUCGAGAGGAGAUGCUUUCCAAUCAAGCCCUCACCCGCGAUGACGGUAUCACGUACUGGAUUCUGGUCGACGAAACAGCAACACACCAUGCCCUAGAGCCAACGUCCAAGUCACGAUUGCCGCUUGCCAGCUGCGAGUCGUAUCGUAAGAAAGCAUUCGUGUGGAAGGAUGGGGAGGUCCGAGAGACCAUCUGCCAUGGCAUUGGAAGUGUGUACUGUGCUCCGCAGCUAAGAGGAAGACGUUAUGCGCAGCGAAUGAUGCAGGGGGUUGGAGAAGCCCUUAGAACGCACCAGACCGAUGACACGGAAUGUUUCUUCUCAAUUUUGUAUUCGGAUAUUGGAAAGGCUUUCUAUGCAAAGUGCGGCUGGGAGCCCUUCACAUCGUCACACCUAUCCAUCCCUGCGCGGGUUUCGGGGCUCGUGGACAGGCACGAUGUGCCAAUUGCUCGCCCACUGCACGCGAAAGAUGUUGCAGAACUCUGUGCUAUUGACCAGGCAAUGCUCCGAGAGACGCUGGAGGCGCGACCCCAGGCCAGUAAUAUAGCAGUCGCGCUAGUCCCUGAUGUUGAGACAAUGCAAUGGCACCAUUCGCGCGAGGAGUUCGUUGCCGGCGAACUGUAUGGAAGGGAGCCCGACGUCAAAGGUGCGAUUGUAGGCAACAAGAAAGGCGAGCGGGCAUGGAUGUAUUGGACACGGGUGUGGACCAACACCAAUCCCCACGAGCGCCAAGGCAAUACACUGCAUAUCCUUCGACUGGUGUUUGAGAAUCAUGUUCAAGCGGGCAAGGAAAAUGUGGACGCAGGAAGCAGGCACCUCGAUGAGAACAUGGUCGUGGCGUUGAUGCUUGCGGCACAAGAGGAAGCGCAGAGAUGGACCAUGGAGCAAGUGGAGAUGUGGAACCCUUCGGAAGUGGCACUGGCCGCAGCUCAGAAACUGCACUCAACAGCCAAGCUUGUGCAACGGGACAGGGAAAGCAUUGCAAGCCUCAAGUGGUACCCCGAGCACGCAGGGCCUGUCGCCAGUUCCAUCGACUGGGUAUGCAACGAGAGAUAUGCAUGGUGUUGA